AUGGGGAACGUCAAGGACAACAAUGUCGAGUUCAUCGAGGAGCUCGAGCAUACCAAGACCCUCGACCAGGUCACGACCAUGGGAACCGUCAAACUGACCGAUGGAGCGGUUGUCUACAUCCCAACGCCGACUGCGGAUCCGCAAGACCCUCUGAAUUGCCCUAUCUGGCAAAAGUGGUUGAUUUUGGUCAUUAUCUCAUGCUUUUCGGCUCUCGGUCUGUCGCUCGUCAGUGGGUUUGGAGGUCUACUGGGCUUCUACAUCCCUGGAUAUGUCGCAAUUGGCAAGGGCUACGCCGACAUCACUCAUUUGAUGACAUACCCUACUCUCUUCAUGGGUAUUGGUAACAUCAUUGGUAUGCCUUUCGCUAUCGGUGUCGGCCGUCGCGUUAUCAUUCUGCUCUCCACGUUGAUUCUCGUGGUCGGUGCUGUCCUUUGUGCUGUUUCUACAAGCUACGAGAUGCAUCUUGCUGCUCGCUGCAUCGUCGGUCUUGCGGCAGGUCAGAGCGAAGCUCUUGUUCCCAUGAUCACUCAGGAAAUGUACUUCCUGCACGAACGCAGCAAAUACCUCAUGACCCAACAAGCUAUUCAAGUCAUCCUCACCACCAUCUACGUGGUAUUCGCCAUUCCCAUUGCCGGUGCCAUCACUCCCAAGUGGUGGUAUGGUCUUGGUGCUGUUCUCUCGGCCGUCUUAUUUGUCCUUGCUGCCCUCUUCUUGCCUGAGACCAAGUAUGAUCGCCCCCUCUCCUCAUACCAGGAAGCCACCGAGCACAGCUUCGACGUCGAGGAGACUGUCAACAAGGCUUCUCCUUCCGUCACACUCUGCACCACCAGACCUGAGCUUGACUUUGCUCGCUACGCCCCUCGCACUUUCCGUUCUGACCUGAGGCUUUGGGUUGGCAAGCCUGAUAUGAAGGCUGUUCUCAAUGUUUACAAGCAAAUGUUCGGUCUGCUUCUCUUCCCCAACGUCUUCUGGGCUCUUUGCCUCAACGGUCUGACUCUCGGUGCCAACAUCGCCAUUGGUACGACAUACGGAAAUAUCGUUAAAGCUCCUCCAUACAACUGGUCUCAAGACAGCGCCAGCUACGUCAGCAUCGGACAGAUUGUCGUUGCCAUCAUUGCUCUUCCCAUCCUCGGACAUGGCUCAGACAGAAUCGUCAAGUGGAAGGCUCAGCGCAAUGGCGGUAUUCACGAGCCCGAAAACCGCAUCAUUCCUCUUGCCUUCCCCUUGAUAGUCGGAGUCUUCUCUUGCGUACUCUACGGACUCGCUGCCCAGAAGCCAACGCAUUAUCACUGGUUCACUUAUGUUUGGGUCGUCGCCGCCUACUACUUCGCUUUCGUGGGUGCCAACAUCGUCGCCAUCACCUACCUUCUCGACAGCUACCCGGCUCGCGCGGGACCUCUCUUAGUCAUUGUCUGCGCCAUGAGAGGAGUCAUGAGCUUCGGUGUCAGCUAUGGUAUCCAGCCUAUGAUUGAAGCCAAGGGAUACGAUGGUGCUUUCGGCAUCUUUGCCGCUUUGACUGCAGCUUUUGGUCUCAUGGGUGUUGCUGUAUACGUUUGGGGCAAGAACAUCAGAGCCUUCACUGGCAGAUGGGCCAAGGAUAAGCAGGAGUAA